AUGUCUGAUAACGCAGAUAUCAUCAUUGUUGGGGCAGGCCCGACUGGUCUGACCAUGGCCCUCGAGCUGGCUCUUCAGGGAGUGUCGUUCCGCAUCGUCGACAAGGCCGAAAAGGCCAGCGACAAAUCGAGGGCUCUCGCCAUGCACGCCCGCAGCCUCGAGGUGCUGAGCCGCCACGGCCUUCGCGACGACCUCAUCAACGCCGGCAACACCCCCGAGGGCAUGUCGAUCAAGGUCAACGGCAAGGAGGUCGCCAAGAUCCAGGUGGACCCCAAAACAGCCCAGUUCCCAGACGCGGCACGCUCCCUGCCCAUCCUCAUCAACCAGUGCGAGACAGAGACCAUCCUCCUCCGCGGCCUCAAGAACAAGUACAAUGUGGAGCCAGAGCGCGGGGUCACCGUGGCUGACAUCAAGCCGGACAAGGACGGCGUCAGCCUGACCCUUAAUGGCAAGCCGGUGCGCUGCAAGUACGUCGUCGGCGCGGAUGGAGCGCACAGCGUGGUCCGGCACUCCGCACCCAGCAUGACCUUCGAAGGGGCACCGUAUCCCCAAGACUUCACCCUCUGCGACGCCUACAUCCGCCCUGGUCCUGCUUCCCACCCGCUGAAUCGCGUCCACUUUUGCCUCGGCCAGGGCCUGCUCGUCGCGCUGCCGCUCAAGGGGGAGAACAAGAUCCGCCUGGUAAUCUCGCGGGCCGGCCGGUUCGCCGCCGACGCCCAGAGCAAAGAGGAGCCUACGCUCCGCGACUUCCAGGAGUUCCUCGACGCCACGGUCCCCGGUUUCGGCGAGCUGUACGACCCAGAGUGGCUCACGCGCUUCCACCUGCACCACCGCGGUGUCAGCACCUACCGCGACGGUCGCCUCUUUGUCGCAGGCGACGCCGCGCACAUCCACUCCCCCGUGGGCGGCCAGGGCAUGAACACGGGCAUCCAGGAUGCCGCCAACCUCGGCUGGAAGCUCGCCGCUGCCGUGCGGCACGCCGACCACAACGCCGCGAGGCCAGUAGGAGCAGACAAUGCCGGAAACGACACGGAUAUCGAGAAGCUCCUCGACAGCUACCAUGCCGAGCGGUUCCCCAUCGGCCAGAGGCUGCUCCAGUCGACAGACUACAUGUUCACCUGGAUCACCUGGGGGAACCCAAUCUUCCUGGCGCUGCGCAAUGCGCUGGUGCCCUGGGUCCUCCCGUACGCCAUGGCCAGCUCUGCCAAGAAGCAGACCAAAUUCUUCCGCUACAUUACGCAGCUCGCCAUUAGAUAUGCCAGGAGCGCCAUCGUCGGCACCGGGAGCGGUUACGACGGGCCGGUAAAAGGCGGCUACCGCGCUCCAGACGGGAGGGUCACCGCCGUCCCCGAGAAGAGCGACAAGAAGGCUCCCGAGACCUGGCUUCUCAGCUCGGUGGCAGGGGAUAGACACAGCCUGCUGCUCUUCUCGGGCUGUGGCUCUGGGGCGGCGACGCCAGAAGACCUUGAGUCGGUCAAGCAGCGGUUUGUCAACGCCGCUGCGGGGACAGAGCUCGGCGCGAAGGUGGACGUGCACGUGAUUUACUCGCGCGAGGCGGCGGCCAAGUCUCUGAAGCAGAAGGCAGGAGACAAGGAGCAUGUCGAUGCCGAGGACGGCGCGCUGCAUGAGCGAUACGGCUUCAAGGACAAGGCCGGGUAUGCCUAUGUGCGGCCGGACUUGUACAUUGCACAUAUCGGGUAUCUGAAGUCUGCGGUGGAUGAGUUGCUCGAAAGCCUCAAGAACGAUGCCUAA